AAAAAUCACUCACUUCACACGCUUUAAGUUUCAGCAAAUCUACUCGCUUACCUUCAAUCUACACCAUGAAAGCUUCAACCAAAGUUGCCCCAUUGAUUGCAAUCACGAUUGGGUCAAUGUUUCUCCUGUUCAUAUCUUCCUCCGAUGCUGUGAUUACUUGCAGUACAGUCAUCCAGGAUCUAGCACCUUGUGUGAGUUACCUCAGGAGUGGGAGUGGGAUGCCUCCACCUGCAUGUUGCUCGGGUGCUAAAGCUCUUGCGACAGCUGCUAGCACCACUGCUGACAAACAAGCGGCUUGUAAAUGCCUCAAGUCGGCUUCGCAAAGCAUAACCCCAAAUCCAGGGCUCGCUAAAUCACUUCCGGGAAACUGCGGCAUUAGUUUGGGAUUCACUAUAUCACCAAGCGUUGACUGCACAAAAAUCAAUUAAAUUGUUGAAGCUACUCGGGCAGAGAUCGAUGGUUCUGGUUAUACAUUGAGCAGGAGUUGGUCGAGUCGUUCGUUAGAACUCGUAAUGCAUCUAGAUUCUAGAGUUUACGAAUGUUUAAUUUAUGAUUUUAAGUAUGUAUAAUAAAUGUUGUUUGCCCAACUUAUUUGGGGUUAACAUGGAAUGAGACUACAUCAUGAUAUUUUAUAUUA